GUACCAAGAUGGUGGAAGAGGGAAAUCAAAUUUCAUCCUUCCUUGAUAAAAUUUCGUUUCUUAAAGAGUAUCCCCUCCUGGAAAAGGCAACUGGAGACAAUGAACAACCCACUGCUGGUUAUAUGUUUAAGGAAAUAAACAAUAUUUCAUAUGAAUCGGGAUCCCACUGCCAGUCAUUGCUGAGUUAUUUGGUUGAUAAACUGGAUUCCAAAUCUUACCAUGUUAAACUAAAGGUGAUAAAAAUAAUGAGAUACCUUGUGGACAAUGGCCACCACGAAUUUGUGGAGGGACUGAGGAAAAAGUCCAGGGGCAUCAAGGAAGCGGAAAGUUUUGGGGGUCCCCCAGAUCCUCUCCAUGGCAACACACCUUAUGAGACAGUAAGAAAGGCAGCCAAAGAACUGUCCCAGCAGUUGUACAAUGAGACUGGCAUGCAGCACAGAACAACGCCACCAGAGGGCAGGAUUGAGGCUGUUGGGAUUAGUGGUUCUACUUCGUCUGGUUUGGAAGGCUUUGGUAACAGCCCCAACAAAACAACAAAAAGCCUCGGCUCCACAGUGGUCAGUGGCCUGAGAAGUCUUGCGGACAGUCUUUCGGACCACAGCGAGACCACAGCCAGGACAAAAGCUGCAGAUUUCAAGCGUCCAUUUGACCAGUACACCAGAGUUAGACUCCAGGAGGCAAUGUCUCCCGGAAAAAAUCAAGAGAACAGCAUUACUGAUACACAUAGAGGAACACAGAAAGCUCGAGUAAAAGGACGGCCAGGAGGAGGUUGGGCUGAUGAUGAGGAGGAGGAGGAGGAGGAGGUAGUAAGUAGUGGUUCUGGAAGUCAACUGGGCACCAGUUCUAGCUGGAACUUGCAUGACAGAUCAACUGGACACAGUGCUGGUAGUAAUGAAUUGUCUGACAGGAUGAAUUCCUUGGCUGUGAGUGAUGACUGGUCAUCUGAGGUCCAGGCAGUCAACCAGUUUACCUCAAAAAGUGCCAAACUACUCCCUUCUCGGAGAGAAAUCCAGGAGUUCCUUAAAAGGUGCCAAAUAUUGAACUGUGAAAAAAUAACAGACUUGUUAAACGAUGCUCUCACUUCUACAAAUGAUGUGAUGCUCAUGCGGUGCUUACUUCUGUUAGAAGCAAUGAUGCGAUCAGAUCUUUUCACCGUGGACCAGUUGACCUUGGUGUUCAGCAAGAACCUUAUUAUGUUGUUUCAACAUAAAGAAGGGGCAGUCCAGGCCAAAGCCAGAAAGAUAAUUCGACAGAUGGAAAAACUUUCCAAACACGCAGAAGUGUUUUCAGUCAUACCUGCAACUAGUACAACCAAUGCAAUCCCCAUGUCUUCAAGCUCAACUAACACAAUGAAUAAGUCUUCCACAGGUACUUCCAUAGACGGACUUACACAGAGUUCAGAUACAAGUCUAGUGGCACCAUUUUAUGUUAGUACAGAUACACUGUUGACAAAUAAUUCUGGUGAGGAGGUAGAUAGUGGACUGGAUAAUGGUAGUGAAACCAAUACUGAUAGCUUUGCUGACCUGCUGGAUAAUGUACCACCUUUACUAGAAACUGAGGGAGAAAGAUUUGAGGAUAGUUGAUGAGAGAGGAAAGUUAAAGGCACACAAGAACAUUUGACUUUUCAGUAAUAAAAUUUUAAUUUUCAUGGAUAUUUCAGCAUUUCCCCUUUGAUCAUCAAAGUAUACAAUAUCCAAAUCUUACAUAGAAAAAAGAUCCGUGUGCCUAUUUUUUUAAUUUUUAGUUCUUGAUCCUUUCUCAUAAUGGAGAUAGAGACCGAAACGUUUUAUACAGGAUGGUAAAAACUGGAAACAGAACCAGAAAAACAGUUUGGAUACAGAUACAUUGUCGGACUUAAAAUUAAAGUCAAAAUUAAUGAAAUUUCCAGUUUUUAAGGUCUAGUACUCAUUGUGCAUCUGUAAAAAUGGCUUUAGGACUUGAGCAAUGGGAUGUUUUUAUUUCAAACUUAUGUGGGACACAUUCAUGAGAUAAUUUAAGUGUCACUAGGAGACAGUUGCUGCAGUGACAACAGUACAGAAUUCAUCAAUAAUUUUGUGAUUCUAGCAAUGAUUUCUGUGGAACUCCUCACUUAUCUUAGACUAUGUAAUAAUUGAUUAUUACAAAUUAAACAGGAUUUUGUUGGACACAAUUUGUCAUUGUGAAAAUUAACAAAAAUGCUCAUUGUCAAUGCAAGGAAAGAUUGCUUAACUAAAAAAUGCACAAUUCAUUGGCAGUGAAAAGCUACAUUAAUGAAAUUAACAAACACUUUAUAUGAAUAUCUUAAGAAUCAAUAAGUAUAUGAAAUAAAUUCUCUGGCCACAUAGUAAUUAUAUUUAAUAACAUAAUUAUUUUUAAUAACACAGGACCCAGAGUAUUGGACCCUGUAAUGAGCACCAUAAUCUGAUCUGCCUUGGAAAAAUGAUAAUAAUGGCUACUUAUAUUACUAUUAUUAUUAUUAUGUUUGUAUAGACUGAUGGCACCUAAUCGUAUCUUCUAACAUUUUCUUGGAAAUACAAUUCCUGUCAUUAAUACUCCAAUAAUCUAAUUUAAGUGAGAUAUAAUGCUAACAGCAAGUACAACCUUCUACCAUGCUAAGGAAUGAUGAUAAAAAGUAAAUUGUGCUUUAUAAAAUCACAGGACAAUUUUCAAAAAAAAAGGCACUGCUUUUACAAUUAUGCAUGCAUAAAUGCAAGAAAGAUCCAUAUAUAUUUGAUGUCAAGAUGGCACGAUUAAUUAAAUGUAAACAAUGUUCAAUGAUUUUUUUUAAUUGAUUUUUUUUUAUUGGCAUCAGUGAGUAGCUGUCACUGAGAAGAGAGGAAUGAUGUAAAAUUACAAUAUGCUUAUACAGCAGACUGGACUCCAUGGAAGUUAAAUGGAAAACCCGCCAUCCACAGACAUGUUAUGGCCGUUGACCAUGGCUGCUUUGUCACUGAGCAGGAAAAGUAUGACCCCUGUAACAUCUUCUAUUU